AUGUCGGACUCGCCCUGGAACGCUGCGCCUGUGCCUGGCCAAGAGCCUCCGCGCGCGUCCAAGCCCGUCAGUGCCACGAAGCACGCGAAGAAGGAAGAGCACGUGGCAUGGAACGCCGCACCGAAAGCAAACGCUGGCGCCGCGGACAAGAUCAAGGACAAGACGCGACACGUGGUGGAGGACGCCAAGGACCUCACGGCCAAAGUGGCGAGCACGGUGGAGGGCUACAAGAACGACAGUGUGGCCAAGGGAAAGAAGAUGAAGGAGGAGUGGAAGGCGUCCAAGGAGGAGAAGAAGAAGGAGAAGAAGAAAGCGAAAAAGCCUGAGGAAUCCGCGGGUGCCUGUGGAGUCUGUGGCUGUACCGUCAUGUAA